GCGGAGCUGCACCUGGGCCUGCCCCCAGCGGGCGGGCGGGCGGGCGGUCUGUCGGUCGGUCGGUCGGGCUUUUCCCGGGGCUCGAGAGCCGCGGCCGGGUCCGCCUGCGCGCAGCAGAGCGCCGAGAGCCACGCUGGCCGCCGCCUCCACCGCCUCCUGCUCGGCCUCUGCGCCGCCGCCGCCGCCGCCGCCUUCCUCCUCGCCCUCGGCGUCGUCGCGCCCGUCGGUGGACGACGCGAUGGCGCUGCUGCUGGACUCCGAGUUCAAGGUGCUGCCGGCCGACAAGCAGAUCGAGACCGCGCCCUUCCUGGAGGCCGUCUCCCACCUGCCGCCCUUCUUCGAUUGCUUGGGAACCCCGAUCAUGUACGCUCCUGUCAAAGCCGAUCUAUCAGGGAACAUUAAGAAAAUCCGGGCUGUUUACGAGACCAACCCAGAAAAGUUCAGAACGCUUCAGAACAUCUUGGAAGCAGAGAAGGAGAUGCACGGCUCAGCCUGGCCAAAAGUGGGGGCCACUUUGGCACUCAUGUGGCUGAAAAGGGGCCUCAAGUUCAUCCAGGUGUUGAUGCAGAGCCUCUGUGAUGGCGAGAGGGACGAAGACAACCCCAAUCUCAUCCGGGUAAACGCCACCAAAGCCUAUGAGAUGGCCCUGCAGAAGUACCACGGCUGGAUCCUACAGAAGCUCUUCUUGGGCUCUGUGUACGCUCUCCCGUAUAAAUCGGAUUUGCUGAAAGCCUUAGAGAAGGGCAGAGAGGUGAAGGAGGAGGAGACCUUGGAGAAGAUCCACCAGUUCCUAACAAAAGUGACGCCUAUCCUAGAUGCAAUUUAUGAGAUGUACACCAAGAUGAACGCUGAACUGAACUACAAGGCCUAAAGCAAGUCCUGCCAGCCUUGGCCAAGCAAGGAGGACGCCUCCUGCUUUCCUCAGACGAGACCACCAAGUCACCGUGAGCCCUCAGCUGGGUCAGGACGUCUCUUCUCCAGGAUUGCUUUCCCACCAAAACAGCAGCACUGGGUUUUCCUGCGGUCUUUGUGGAUCUUCCUGAAACGUUUGCCCUCUCUGGUCCAAGAGCCAGAGCUCCAGAACUCUUUACCUAGUAGAUUUAUUUAAAACCGGUCUUUGGAAGCAGAGGGUGCCUCGUGGCAACGCUCAGUGAACGGGGACCGUCUUCUUGCCUUAAUCUAUUUUCCCAGUCAGAAUGUGUCUUCCUGUAGCCUCUGUAUGCUGCCUAGGUGUCUGGGACCCCACGGCCUCAUCUAGCAGCACCCGAUAACUUCACUCUUGAGUGUUGAGCGUGUGCAGGCCUCCAGAAUUAAUGCCAGGGAUGCAUGGGUGUGUGGUUCGGUGCUAGCCUUCAGAGACCUUUCCUAAGGGACACCUUUAACCUCACAGGAGUUCAAAUGGGUCUCUCUUCUUCAGGGAUAGCUGGCUCCGGCUGAAAACGACUUGUCAUUUUUACCUGCUCAUUUUUAAGAGAUGCUCAUUGCUGAGAAAUGGCCUUCAGGAGUGGCCUUCUGCCCACGGAAGCCUUACUAUUUUAUUUUUAGAGUAGAAAUGUGGGGUAAUAAAAAAUAAAGUCUAAUGUGGAAAUGUA